GCACUGCAUCUCCUGUUACCCCACCUUACUACCGCUCAUUUCCACUGGUUAUAGACUUUUUGAUUCUCUGUCCAAGCACUCCACUGUUCAAUAAACAACAGAUAGCUCUAUGGCAAUUCUGGACAAACCCAAAUACAUAUCAUCAGAGCAUGGCCAUCAACAAUUAUCUUUUAACAUGUCCCUAAAUUAAACUAGAAAACUUGAACCCAUCUAAUGUUUGUCUCUGCAAAAGCCAGUUGUAACUAUGAUUCAUUAUCUUCUUGUGUUAUUGUCAGCUAGCUACAGUGCAUACUCUAUUUUUUUGUAAUCACCAGUAAGCUCUAUAACAGUUCUAGGCUUGCUAUUUAGAAAUUGCAGGUUUACUACAAAGUAGACUCCCUAUUCAUGCUAGAUGGUUGUUUCCCUAAGGAAGGCAGGCAGAAUAACUGAUUUUAGGAACAAAGUGUCAUGUUGCACGAACUGAAUAAUAGUGAUCUCAAUGAUUUAUCUUUGAUUAACUUAGAUGUUGCAUGAACUGAAUAGAAAGCUAAGUUGUCUAGCAACAAUUUAGUUGGCAAGUGACAAUGCAGUACUAUGGUUGCAGAUUAACUAAUCCUUGUUCUUUCAUCAUGCUUGAGUGCUUUGGGAAAGAAAACUUAACGAAGGUGAUGAAAGGCAUAAACCUAACGAAGCUGAUGAAAGGCUUUUAGGCUAAAAUUUAGAAUGCAGAAUAUAAAUUUAAUAAGAAGAGCUCUUCCACUAAAUAUCCACUAAAAUUUAGAAGAGCUCUUCACUACUAUCUCACUUAACCAAUUUGAUUUCAGUUUCUAGCUAGGAACUUGCACUACUCUCUAUCUCACUGAACUAAUUUCAGUGGAGUUUUUACUUCACUGAUAGCCUUGUUUCUUUUUUUAAUAAAAAUAUUAUCACUGCAUAUUUCCUGCCUCUUUUAGAACUGUAAAUUGGUUCUAUCGUCUAACCAACAAGACUUAUGUCAGUAUAGAACUUUGAUAUUCAGAGUUCACCUAUUCUGAAUUGCUGCUACCAAGUGAUGGUGCCAGUUUUGCUCAAUAUAGUUGUAAUUUUAUGGUUUGCCCCUGCCAGGUUUAGGUCCAAGCUUGGCCACUGUUUGUGAUCGUGGCUUUCUGAGCCUGGUUGGGGCGAGAAACUAAUUUAGAGGCAUCAGAGUAUAUAAUAGUGACUAAUGUUUAAUAUGCUCGCUAUUUUUUAUUCGGAUCUGACCCAACUACAAGUGUACACAUGUAUUAUGAUACUAAGCAUUUGGUUGUCGGAUCCACUAUUUUCAUGCCACCACUAAUGGUUUGCACCUGUUAGUAUAAGAUACCUAUUUCGCAGGUUUGUUCAUACACUUCACAUGUUAGUCUUUUGGUUCCUGUAGUUACUUUGCUUUAAGACUUCAUCAGAUAAGAAAUAUACUUGCAUAGCUAUCUUUCAUAUUCUUCAACUAAUGGUUGCCGUAUUAUACAAGUGGUUGAAUUGUGGGUACACUCAAUGGAAAAUAGUGCCUCUCAUACACCAUUGGGUGACAAGACUAACACUACUAAUAGAGGAAAGAAAGAGAUAAGGCCUGAUGGCACACAAUGUCGCAAGAGAAAAGGGACGAAAAAAAUAAAAAACAUCGAGAAGCAUAUAAAAGAAGAAAGGAGCAACAACUAUGUAUCAAAACUACCGAUGAUGGUCAGGAUUCAUCAAACAAGGAAAAUGUGGAUCCUAAUAAAACAGAUGAUUGGUUGCAUAGGAAUGAUUCACUCGAUGCAAACAAUAUUGAUGAAAUACUUAUAUCCAAUCGGAUGGCAGGUGAUGGUGAUGAUGUAGUUACUGCUCGCAGCAUAAUUAAUCAGGAAAUGCGAUCACAAUGCAUUGAUGCUUCAUUUAAGAGAGAGUUAACAAAUGAGCAAGUCAUGGCUCAUCGUGCAAGGUGUAGGAUGCAACAUGCAAACAAGACACCUGAGCAACGGGACCAAAGGCGAAAGCGACAGAGGCUUUAUAAUCAAGUUCCAUCUCGUAAAGAGGCAAUGAAAGUGGCUAAAAAACGCUCCAGGGAGGUGCAAAGACACACUUUAAACAAUGAGUCCAUCGCAAUGGAGAAUCCACUCUUUAAUCCAACGAUGGAGUGGCCCACUGCAAACUCAUCUAUGCCAUCUCAUGGGCCCACAGUAAGCCCUAGCGAUUGGGCUAUCCCAGAAUCCACUGCAACACCUAUUUGCUUCCCACAAGCUCCUGAGGAGACAAAUGAAGAUGAUGAUGGACGCAGUGAUAUAUCGCCUGGUCAUAUGACACAUAGACAAAAUAUACCAUGUGGGCAAAGGCAUGCAUUGUUAACCCGCCGUAACAAUGUGUUUGAGCGCCUCAUCGGUCAGAACACGGGAAACUCUAAUAAUGAGGGUGAAGACAACGUGGAAGAAAAUACGCCAUUACCUCAGUCAACCGUGACCAACAAUGGAAGCGCUAGAUCAAACAAUCAAAAUGCAUCAGCUACACCUGCACAACCAUUAUUUGAUGAUACAGAUGAUGAUGAGGGUGAUAUAUUUGAAGAUGAUGAGGAAGAGGAUGAGGGAUACUUGUUUGCUAGGCAAGAAGAAUCAGAUGACGAUGUCCAAAGUGAUACUACCGAGGAAGACACGACUUCUAACCUUGAAGGACCUGACCCGUAUGAAGUGGUGUAUAGUAACAUGCCUAGGGAGACACACAUGCUAAAACCUGUACCAGAUUGCAAACAUUGUGGAGUAAAGAGAUUUCCAAAAGAACCUCCUGGGUUUUGUUGUCGCAGCGGAAAGGUUGAGCUGCAUGCGCCUGUCAUACCAAACCAGCUCAUGAGGCUUUGGACAAGCUCUGACGCGGAUGCUAGGCACUUUCGUAACAAUAUCAGGUUUUUCAAUGGCCACUUCUCUUUCACUUCCCUAUAUUGUCGCCUCGACAGUGCUACUGCUAACAUUAGAAACAUCGGCAUAUAUACUUUUCGUGCACAUGGCAUGAUCUAUCACAACAUAAGGUCAUUUGGCAGAGAAGAUGGUGUCGUGAAGAGCAGUAUCAAAAAGAUAAAGAAGUUAUAG